AUGGGUUGGUUAACAUUGUUUUAUCAAUUAAUUUUCUGCCUUCAGUUGUUGCUUUUGUAUUCUCAGACUUUCGCAAAACUUUGUUCUCAGGAUCAAAGUUCUGCACUACUCCACUUCAAGCAACAUUUUUCCUUCAAUAACAAUCGUUCACCUUCCAUCUGUGAUGAGCACAAGGUACAGUCUUUUCCCAAAAUGAAUUCAUGGAAGGAAGAUGGUGACUGCUGCUCAUGGGACGGGGUUACAUGUGACACAGAGACUGGUCACGUGAUUGGCCUCGACCUUAGCUGCAGCUGGCUUCAUGGCAAAAUUCCCUCCAACAGCACUCUCUUUCUCCUUUCUCACAUGCAAAGCCUAAGCCUUUGUUAUAAUGAUUUCAAUUACUCUGAGAUUUCCCCUGGUUUUGGUCGAUUUCCUGAUUUGAUAGUCCUUAGACUUUCGUCCUCCAAUUUUUCCGGCCAACUUCCAUCAGAUAUCUCCUACUUAUCUAAGUUAGUUGUGCUUGACUUUUCUGGCAAUUCUCAGGUGAUUCUUGAACACCUUGCUUUGGAAGGGAUGGUUCGAAAUCUGUCCAAGUUGGAAGCAGUUUUUCUCGACGACGUAAAUAUGUCUACCACACGACCUGCUUCCUUUACAAAUCUAUCUUCUUCUUUGACAGACCUGAGUCUCAUUGAUUGUAGAUUGGUAGGCCACUUUCCUGAUAGUAUCCUUCGCUUACCGAAUCUACGAACCCUCCGUUUACAGUCGAACCCCAACUUAACAGGCUUCUUUCCGAAGGUUAACUGGAGCAGUCCCAUUGAGAUCUUGAGUGUUCCUUUUACAAAUUUUUCGGGACAACUACCCAAUUCAAUCAGUAAUUUGAUGUCCUUGAGGUUUCAUGGCUCAAUUCCAGUUCUACCACAUCACUUGAGACGAUUUCUGAUCUCCAACAAUAACAUGACAGGAGAGAUUACUCAUUUGAUUUGCAAUAUGAGCUCAAUUGCUAUUCUUGAUCUUUACAAUAACAGCUUGAGUGGCACCAUUCCAGAAUGCUUGGGAAACUUCAACAAUAGUCUUAAAGUGUUAGAUCUGCAAAAGAAUAGAAUUUAUGGAAAUAUUCCCGAUUCAUUUGCAAAAGGCAACCAUUUGAGGGAACUUAGCAUCAACGACAAUUGGUUGGAAGGGGCUGUCCCACCAUCUUUGGAAAAUUGCACCAGGCUUGAAGUUUUAAAUAUUGGAAACAACAUAAAGGAUAUAUUCCCAUAUUGGUUGAGAAGUCUUCCAAAGUUGCAAUGGUCCUUUGCCCACAAAGUAUUUUGA